CGUCUUCCUGAUCUUCAUUGCUGCCUCACAUAUUUUCUUAUGCAACCGAUGAGAUUCACCUUCAAAUGGCCUCACCUAAUGAUUGCAUGAUGUUGAUAAAAUCCACUACAUACUCUAGUAUCUGCAAUUUGUCUUUCAAACCUUUGUAAUUGAGGAAGCCCAAGUUCUAAACCAGCUGAUUGUAUCAUUUUUGGUUUUUCUAUUCCAUAUUCUGCAACCUGCAUUCUCAACCUUCUUCAAAAACACUUGAAUUGAUCAGGAAAUAAUAGUUCCAUGCCCAGAAGAAGAUGAUAAGAGCACACUCAAGCGUGCAGUCUGUGAAGAAGCCUUUCACCUAGCCCAACAUUUCUUUCCGUCAUUUGGAGAAAGUACAAUACAUAAAAGCAAGUGAAAAUCUAUGAAGUAGCUAAAAGGUAUAUUGGUGCAUGCAACUGUGCAAGAAGUAAAGAAGCCUUUUCACCAAGCACAUUCUUUCUUUCGUCGUUUGAAGGAAGCACUAGUCAUUCAAGUAAGGCUAGUUUAGGAAUGUGAUGUGAGUAUACUUAUCUUUGCAUCCAUUCAUCCAAAUAUUGUCUAUUCAUGUUUCCAAACAAACACCAACAAGAAGACCCAUUUUAUUUUAUUUUAUUUUGAACAAGGGCAAUUACAAGGGGAAGGGGGAAGGGGUAAGGGAAUGGACUUAACCCAUGAGCUGGAGAAGCACCAAUAGCCAAUAGGCCAAGUGGGAAUAUACAAGUGGUUGGUGGGAAUCAAACUCCCAAUCAACUUUACCCAAAUAUUAAGAUUUGAGGACAAAUCAUUAGACCCUAAAUAACCAGUUCAAACACCCAAAAUUUUUCCACUUUACUUUUGCAUCAUCCUUUUUGAAGGAUCAUCAUUUCCUUGUCUCUGCACUAGAUGGCAGUGGUUGGUGGGGUGAUUUUGAAAUCUUUUUGGGGCAUUUUUGUUCCUUUCAGUGGCCAGGCAUGGUCUAGUAUCGAGUACAUUGUCCUUGAUGGUGCAUGUGAAGAUGUGACUGUAGUGUGGAGGGUCGAUGCCGAAGGGAGGGCCAUCAUAGAAGAUGUACUCAAGAUAGUUCUUGGUGCGCUUGAGUUGGGCUUAAAGGCACCAAUUUAAUUGUAGUACACUACACUCAACAUUCUUAAAAGUGUUCUUUCAUAUAUGAAAAUUUUCAAUUUUUCAAUAAUUUUUUAUUAGAUCUAGUUAUUGGAUCUAAUGUUAUUGUGAAUCCUGAUCUUCAUUCUCAUCUUCCUAUUGUUGGUGGGAAAUAGAGAGUUACAGUGUUUUGGAUGCACUUUGUUCUAAUUUUGGGUUUUGGUUGAGAUUUAGAAUAUGCGAAUUGGUGGUCUUGUGAACAAAAUUGAGAAAUUAUU